UCCAGCCCAUAACCCCGAGUGUCCGCACACUGUGGCGACAGGGGUGACGGUGACGGAGUGGAUCUCCGGGACGCAGGGGUGGCGAGGCCUGGGGGAGGGGUGGAGCGCGGAGGAGGCUGCGGUCCCGCCUCGCCCACCGCAGGGCCGGGCGCAGUGUCCGGCGAGCCCAGUGGUUAGCGAUGGCGCUGCUGUCGCUGCUGCCACCGCUGCUGCCGCUGCUGCUGGCGGUGCCGGCGGGCUCCGCCGAGGGCGCGGCGGUGGCACUCACCCCCGAGCGGCUUCUCGAGUGGCAGGAUAAAGGGAUCUUCAUUAUCCAAAGUGAGAACCUCGAGAAAUGCAUUCAAGCCGGCAAAUCUACACUCACCCUGGAGAGUUGCAAACCACCCAACAAGUACAUGCUGUGGAAGUGGGUUUCAAACCACCGCCUCUUUAACAUCGGAGGCAGCGGCUGCCUGGGCCUGAAUGUGUCUAAUCCAGAGCAGCCACUGAGCAUAUACGAGUGUGAUUCCACCCACAUUUCCUUGAAGUGGCGCUGUAACAGGAAGAUGAUCACCGGCCCGCUCCAGUACAUGGUCCAGGUGAAGCACGACAACACGCUUGUGGCCUCCUGGAAAUAUCUUCAUAAGUGGGUUUCCUAUAUGUCAGGCGGUGGAGGCAUUUGUGAAUAUCUGCACAAAGAUUUGUAUACAAUCAAAGGGAACGCCCACGGGACACCGUGUAUGUUUCCCUUCCAGUAUAACCGGCAGUGGCAUCAUGAAUGUACCCGGGAAGGGCGGGAAGACAACUUGCUGUGGUGUGCCACGACCAGCCGAUACGAAAGAGAUGAGAAGUGGGGAUUUUGCCCAGAUCCCACAUCUACAGAGGUGGGUUGUGACGCUGUCUGGGAGAAGGAUCUCAAUUCACACAUUUGCUACCAAUUCAACCUGCUUUCCUCCCUCUCCUGGAGCGAGGCACACUCUUCAUGCCAGAUGCAAGGAGGUGCUUUAUUAAGUAUUGCAGAUGAGACUGAAGAAAAUUUCAUAAGGAAGCACUUUGGCAAUGAAGCAGUGGAAGUAUGGAUAGGUCUGAAUCAGCUAGAUGAAAAUGCUGGUUGGCAGUGGUCGGAUAGAACACCACUCAACUAUCUGAACUGGAACCCAGAAAUAAAUUUUGAGCCAUUUGUUGAAUAUCACUGUGGAACUUUUAAUGCAUUUAUGCCAAAUGCCUGGAGAAGUCGGGAUUGUGAGUCCACUUUGCCUUACAUAUGUAAAAAAUAUCUAAACCAUACUGAUCACGAAGUAGUUGAAAACGAUGCUUGGAAAUAUUAUGCUACCCACUGUGAGCCUGGCUGGAAUCCCCACAAUCGUAAUUGCUAUAAACUUCAGAAAGAAAAAAAGACCUGGAAUGAAGCUUUGCAUUCUUGCCAGUCCAAUAACAGUGCAUUAAUAGACAUAGAUUCGUUAGCAGAAGUGGAGUUUCUUGUAACCCUCCUUGGAGAUGAAAAUGCAUCAGAAACAUGGAUUGGUUUAAGCAACAAUAAAAUUCCAGUUUCCUUUGAAUGGUCUGAUGGCUCCUCAGUCAUCUUUACUAAUUGGCACACACCUGAGCCCCAAAUUUUUCCAAAUACAAGCCAGCUAUGUGUCUCAGCGGAGCAAUCUGAGGGACACUGGAAAGUUAAAAAUUGCAAAGAAACACUUUUUUACGUUUGUAAGAAAACAGGCCGUGUCCUUUCUGACACUGAAUCAGGUUGCCAAAAGGGAUGGGAGAGACAUGGUGGAUUCUGUUACAAAAUUGACACCGUCCUUCGAAGCUUUGACCAUGCCUCCAGUGGUUACUACUGUCCUCCUGCACUUGUAACCAUUACAAACAGGUUUGAACAGGCUUUUAUUACCAGUUUGAUCAGUAGUGUGGUAAAAACGAAGGACACUUAUUUUUGGAUAGCUCUUCAAGAUCAAAAUGAUACAGGAGAAUACACUUGGAAGACGGCAGGGCAGAAGUCAGAGCCGGUGAAGUACACACACUGGAAUGCACGUCAGCCCCGCUACAGUGGUGGCUGUGUUGUCAUUCGAGGAAGGAGUCCCCCUGGUCGCUGGGAAGUGAAGGACUGUAGACACUUUAAGGCAAUGUCCCUGUGCAAGCAACCAGUGGAAAAUCAGGAGAAACCUGAGCAAGAAGAGAGAUGGCCCUUUUCCUCCUGCUAUUUGGAUUGGGAGUCAGAGCCUGGCCUGGCCAGUUGCUUCAAGGUAUUUCAUAGUGAAAAAGUUCUGACGAAAAGAACAUGGAGAGAAGCUGAAGAAUUUUGUGAAGAAUUUGGAGCUCAUCUUGCAAGCUUUGCCCACAUCGAGGAAGAGAAUUUUGUGAAUGAGCUUUUACAUUCAAAAUUUAAUCGGACAGAAGAAAGGCAGUUCUGGAUUGGAUUUAACAAAAGAAACCCACUGAAUGCUGGCUCUUGGGAGUGGUCUGAUGGAACUCCUGUUGUCUCUUCAUUUUUAGACAAUAAUUAUUUUGGAGAAGAUGCAAGAAACUGUGCUGUUUAUAAGGCGAAUAAAACGUUGCUACCCUCAUACUGUGGUUCCAAACGUGAAUGGAUAUGCAAAAUUCCAAGAGGUGUGAGACCCAAGAUUCCACCCUGGUACCAGUAUGAUGCACCCUGGCUCUUUUAUCAGGAUGCAGAGUACCUUUUUCAUACCUCUGCCACGGAAUGGUCCUCCUUUGAGUUUGUCUGUGGCUGGCUGCGCAGUGAUAUUCUCACUAUUCAUUCUGCACGUGAACAAGAAUUCAUCCACGGCAAAAUAAGAGCGCUGUCAAAGUAUGGUGUAAACUGGUGGAUUGGACUUCGGGAAGAAAGAGUCAAUGAUGAAUUUCGCUGGAGAGAUGGAUCACCAGUAAUAUACCAGAACUGGGACAAAGGAAAAGAAGAAUCCAUGAUUAAUCAGAGCCAGAGAUGUGGCUUCAUUUCAUCCAUAACAGGACUCUGGGCUAGUGAAGAGUGUUCAGUUUCUAUGCCUAGCAUCUGUAAGCGAAAAAAGUUUUGGAUCAUAGAGAAAGAGAAAGAUACACCAAAAAAACAUGGAACAUGUCCCAAAGGAUGGUUAUAUUUUGACUAUAAGUGCCUUUUGAUGAAAAUCCCCAAGGACCCAAGCGAUUGGAAGAACUGGACAUCUGCUCAAGAUUUUUGUGUUGAAGAAGGGGGGACACUUGUCGCCAUUGAAAAUGAGGUGGAACAAGCUUUCAUUACUAUGAAUCUUUUUGGCCAUACCACUAAUGUGUGGAUAGGGUUACAAAAUGAUGAUUACGAAAAAUGGCUAAAUGGAAGGCCCGUGUCAUAUUCUAAUUGGUCCCCAUUUGAUAUAGUAAAUAUUCCAAGUCAUAACACCACCGAAGUUCAAAAACACAUUCCUCUCUGUGCCUUGCUGUCAAAUAAUCCUAAUUUUCACUUCACUGGAAAAUGGUAUUUUGAAGACUGUAGAGAAGAAGGCUAUGGGUUUGUUUGUGAAAAAAUGCAGGAUACUUCUGGACACAGUAUAAAUACAUCUGAUAUGUACCCAAUCCCCAAUACCUUAGAAUAUGGAAACAGAACUUACAAAAUAAUUAAUGCAAAUAUGACUUGGUAUACAGCACUAAAAACCUGCCUGAUGCACGGAGCAGAACUGGUCAGCAUUACAGACCAGUACCAUCAGUCUUUCCUCACUGUUAUCCUCAACCGGCUAGGACAUGCCCACUGGAUUGGACUGUUCACUGAAGAUAAUGGUCUUAAUUUUGACUGGUCAGAUGGCACCAAAUCCUCCUUCACUUUUUGGAAAGACGAUGAGUCAUCCUUCCUGGGUGACUGUGUUUUCGCCGACACCAGUGGACACUGGAGUAGCACAGCCUGUGAGUCAUAUCUGCAAGGAGCCAUUUGUCAUGUGCCCACAGAAACAAGACCAUUUGGAUACCCAGAGUUGUGCUCAGAAACAUCUAUUCCCUGGAUAAAAUUCAAAAGUAAUUGCUACAGUUUUUCUACCAUCUUAGACAGUACGAGUUUUGAGGCUGCUCACGAAUUUUGCAAAAAGGAAGGAUCUAAUCUUUUAACAAUCAAAGAUGAAGCUGAAAAUUCAUUUCUCCUAGAUCAGCUUUUAGCUUUCAGUUCUUCUGUCAAGAUGGUUUGGCUGAAUGCUCAAUUUGAUGGUGACAAUGAAACCAUAAAGUGGUUUGAUGGAACUCUCGCAGACCAGUCAAACUGGGGUAUUAGGAAGCCAGAGAUGGACCACGUCAAACCCCAUCUGUGUGUUGCCCUGAGGAUUCCCGAAGGAGUGUGGCAGUUAUCCUCAUGUCAAGACAAAAAAGGAUUUAUAUGUAAAAUGGAAGCAGGACCAAGUCACAGCAUUAUACCCCUUGCAGUAGCAGUGACACUGAUAGUAAUUCUGGCAAUUUCCACACUUUCCUUCUGCAUAUACAAGCACAAUAGUGGUAUCUUCAGGAGACUUGCACAGUUUGGAAAUCCUUACUAUCCUGCAACCAACUUUAGUACAGUAAAUUUAGAAGAAAAUAUUCUCAUUUCUGAUCUUGAGAAGAAUGACCAAUAAUAAUGAAGUGAGAGGAUGCCACGGCCAUGAGAAUGAGUAAAGAAGAGUACUUUCCUUUACAGACCAGAUGCCGCUCUAAUGUGAAUCGUGUCACCAUUUUAAUUAUUCUUAAAAUGAUUACUGGUUUUGAAUUGUAACCAAAUCAGAUAGGUGUUCAUUUAUUCAUUUCCUCGAACUGUGAUCUAUUCUUUAAAAGGGGAGAUUUUACAAUGGCUAUUCUUCAGAAAACAAAAACUAUUAAAAGAAACUCCCAAAUGAAAACUCUCAAACCAAUGUGAAUAAUAGUUUUUGCAUUAAUAUGCUUCUACCAAAAAUUUUUGGGAAUUUUAAAACUAAUCUGAUAUCUAUUCAGACAUUUGCCAAUACUCAUUCCAUUAAAAGAGAGAGGCAGAGAAAAGCAAAACAAAUUUUAAAGUCCUACACUUGUAUAAGAGAGGAAAAAAGAAAAGGCUUUUGAGAGGUUUCUUGUUGUUUUUUAAUUUGAUCAGUUUAACAGCAGGGUUUGGAAAACACUAAUUUCUAAGCUUAAAACUCACAGGUUCUGGGCUCUAUACUAGUAUUUAGGGUGACAUUCAUUUUUAUUAGUUCUGACUUCUCAAACUAAAGGAGAAGAAAAAUAACCUUUCUUUAAGUAGUAAAAAUCUUGGUUAGCAGCACAAUUUCAUAAGCAAACAUGCAAUGUGGCCUAAAAUCAUCAAUUACUAAAUGAUGACAAAGUUAGAUAGUUAAAAAAUCUUAUAGAUAAGCUCAGAGGGACUUAUUGUUAUCCUAAUACUGUUAAAAUUCACAAGCUUUAUCAAAGACUAAAGGUAUAAAAUGUAUAUAUACCACUUCUAAUAACCAAAAGAUAUAAAUAACUUGAAUUUAAAGGGGAAAAAUGAAAGAUGUGAAUUACAGUUUCAUCAGAACAAGACAAGUACUAAAUAAAUUACUCUUCAGCAGUAAUCUAGAUACCUUUGCUAUAUAAAGGAGUUUAUUUGGGGAGUUCUAUUGAGUAAACUAGGGUUUGGGGGAACCGACUCCAUUUGCAUUGGGCUAGUUCAUGCAGUCAGGAAAAAAUGAUUAAAAGUAUGAUACUAUCCAUAAAUUAAAACUCACAGAUUUGAUCUUCCUUCAUUAAUUUCUUAUAAAGUAAAAGGACUUCAUAAUCAAUGUUCAAAAGUUUACUCAUUGCGUAAAUGUUUACUGAGUUCCUGUUAAGAACCAAGAGCCAUUCUAGAAAUUGGAGGUAUUGGGGCGAGCACUUAUUUUUGAAUGAAGGAAAACCUACAGUAAACCAGUAAAGAAAUGCAUAAGAAGAAAAUAUCAGGUGGUCAUGAAAAUUAAGUAAGGUUCUGUGAUAGAGAGAAACUGGGGGAGUCUCCCUAGAGUGUGCAUUUUAGUUAUUACAACCAGCUGCCUCAAAACUGGUGACAAGUAGUCACAAGAUGGAGCUUGGGAGAAAGUAUGAAUAAGUUUCUGAGUGGAAAACUAUCAUCAUUAGAAAUACGAUUUGAAGAACGUGUCCUAAGAAUGAAGUCCUUGCAGCCUGAAACAGUUAAUACAGCUUCCAAAAGCAGCUCUUUGCUACUGCUGUGCAGUUUACACACUGAGACAAUCUACUUCCAUAAUUUUGUUUGUUUGGGGACUUUUUUUUAAGAUGUUACAUUAUGUGACAGUUGUAUAUUUAUAACUCAAAGGAAACAUUGGCUUGGACUAACCAGAUGUUAUAAAAGCUCAAUUUAAUAAUCUGUCAAGUGAAAUUAAAGUUCUGUUCUUUUUAGUGGACUUGGUAAAAACUGCUAAUCAAUUAUCCUUCCAGUCAAGGUAUAUUGAAGUUGAGUAGUCAGUCACACAUAAAAAUUUGACAAAGUAUGUCAUUAGUAAAGUGGUUCUGCAGGAAAAAAAAAAAACUGUAUUGCUUGUCAGUGCUCUGUACUUUGAUAUUUAGUAUUGAACCACAUCCUAAUGGACAGAUCACGCGCUGCUUCCCAUUACUGAAAUUUCAGAAAUAGGAAUUACUGAAAUACUCUGUUUUAUUCACAUACGUGCACUUUUAAAAACUUUCUUCCACAACUAUUUUUAAUCUGAGCUAGAUUUCAUGCUAUACAUGAAAAGAAAAAAGUAGUAGGGUCACAAACUCAUUCACACGUAAUUAAUGUGCCCCCUCCAGAAAACAGUCAAUUAUUUUCUAUAACUCUGAGUAAUAGGAAAUCUUGGAUUUUUCCAACUGAAGGUAUAUUGCGCUCUUCCAAUUCCAACAGUCUUCUUUCAGUUUAAAUGUUUCUUCUAUUGAAAGUUCCAUUCCCUAUCAAGGAUGCAUUACAUGGUCUCACUAGAUAAACAUUCAGUCUUCCGGAGUUUCCAUUCCCUCCUCAAAAUGGUGGUUGGAUGUAUGAGAACCUGUUGUGUCCUUGUGGUACUGUGGGGAGUAGGUGAUAACUGACUGUGUCUGUGUUAUCUGGUGUCCACUGAUGGUAGCUGUCUGGCCCACACCUGGGAAUUCUACUGGCGUCUCUAUGAAGUCUGUAUUUGGUGUAACCUGUAGUCUAGUCUCUUUGGACUGGCCCCAUCCUGGCUUUCCCUGGCAUUGCCUUAUCCCUGGCUGUGACUCCCAUUCAGUUCCGUACCUGGACAUUACAGUUCUUGGCAAUAAGGCCAUGUCACCUCUGCCAUGUCACCUCUGAUACUGGACCAAACAAUCCCAAAAUCUCAUUGGCUUAACACAGCAAAGGUUUAUUUUUCAUCCACACUAACAUGGGGUUGCAGGAAGACUUCAGUUAUUCAUUGGUCCAGGCUCCUCCUAAAUAGUAGGUCCUCCAUCUCCUAAGGCCUUGGUUGCCUCAGUGGGUCCCCUACCUCUGCCUGACAGAAGAAGUUAGAGAUCUAUCUUCGAUUAAUUAUGUAGCUUCCAUGGGCUAUUGAAAUACAUUCUCUAAGUUAACAGUCUUUAAAUUGAGAAUAUGUACCCUGUGGAUACAUAAAGACUUCCAAGGGAUACAGGGCCAUGGAUAUAUAUAUAUAUAUAUAUUUUUUUUUUAGCAGUACGCGGGCCUCUCACUGCUGUGGCCUCUCCCAUUGCGGAGCACAGGCUCCGGACGCGCAGGCUCAGUGGCCAUGGCUCACGGGCCCAGCCGCUCCGCGGCAUGUGGGAUCUUCCCGGACCGGGGCACGAACCCGUGUCCCCUGCAUCGGCAGGCGCACUCCCAACCACUGCGCCACCAGGGAAGCCCCAAUAUUUUUAAGGAGCUCAGUUUCCAGACUCAUUAACCUUUAUAUAUAUUCUUUCUUAGAAUUGACUUGCCUGAGAUCAAGGUGUCAUGCUGGUUCUUCUUUCCCACCUCUUUUUGCAGAAAUGUCCUUUUUUACCUCAAAAAAAAAAAAAAAAGAUGCCUUCUCUUGGUAAAAUCCUCCAUGGCACCGGACAAAGACAAAAUUUCAAAAUAAUGAUGUCAGUGAAAUUUCUCACGUAAAUUCUCACGUCUUCCUCUGUUUUCAUACAUUUUUCUGUUAAGGAUGAAGUGGUGGAUUAGAAAAGGGUUAUUUUGCCCCAUGUUAGGAUAGUCUAAAUAUGCAUUGUGUGUGUGUGUGUGUGUGUAUAUAUAUAUAUAUAUAUAUAAACUGCAGGAAAGAUAACUGCCUUCCUUUGAGACUUUAUCUCAUCCAGCCCCUGUCUAUUAUGAGAGACUAUUUCUGGAGAGAAAAUCUAGGGAAAGCAAAGUAAAGACAGUGCAGCUAUUGAUAAGACCCUGAGGUGUUACCUUAUCUGGGCUAAGAGCUCAUGGCAAGACUUUGCGCUUUAUUUAUCUUAGAUUUCUAACUGAGCUUUGGGGAUGAGUAUUAUCAUGCUUAUUUGAAUUGCAAAAUGAAAUCAGACUUUUUUUGAACAUUGUCUUAUUUGGAUCAUUUCUUUGACAAUGAAGAUUGGCUUUACCAAUUAAGUUUUAUGAUGAACAUUUUCAUUCAAUUGGAUGAAUUAUAUGUGCAACUCCAGUGUUCUGAUUAAAACAUGUAUUCAUAUAAAGACAUUUUAAUAGAAAAGUAGUAUCAACAAAAGUAUGAUGAAAUUAACAAUAUUUUAUUUUUCCAAACCUUACAUUGUAUGCCAGGUAAAGCAAAGUGCCCGUAAGUGAAAGAGUAACAGGCAAAAUUGAUAGUCAUUUUUAAAAGGAGUAGAGAACUCAAGUUUCUGGGUCUAGAAACACAACAUGGCACUUCCGCUCACAUAUCAUUGGCCAGAGUUAUUCACAGGGUCCAUCCUAACUGCAAGGAAGUCUGGGAGGUCUCCCAGUGUGCUCAGGAAGGAGAGGAUAAUGGACGACAGUGAGCACCAGCAAUCUCUGCCAGAUUUUCUCAGCACAUAUAGCUACAAAAGAAAGGGAGUGCGGGAAUAGAAUUCAUGCUGAAUCCUGGCUCAUCCUAGCCAUUUUUAAUUAAUAUUAAUUACUUUCUUCUAUGAUACAUCCAUUUCAUUAAGAGAUGCAUUACCUAUAACAUUUUAGUUUUAUAUAUACUGAUUAUUUAUUAAGCAUUGUAAUAUAUUCAUGUUGGUCUGAUCAACUGUGUGCUGAUAGUAAUUGAAAUGGCAACUCAAUACAGAAGAAAAUGUAUAACACUGCCUAUGUUCACAGGGAAAUUUUUAAAAAUAAUUUUAACUUAUAUACAUAUUUUACUACAGGCAAAUAUGGCAAGGAAAUGAAUAAAAUAGUUUCAAGAAUAAAAAUAUUAGGAUAAAAUUCUGUGUGGAGAUUAGAAUGGAAAUACAAGACUAAACAGAAAAAGAAACAAGAAUCUCUGACUGCUAAGAGCUUGUUUCUGUGUGUUUCUAUCUUUAAAUAGACUAUGAUAGAAUUCAAAUUAUCAUGGUAUCACCAAUCAAAAGAAAGAGAGCUCCUCGGUGAAGUGGUUGAUUCCAGAUCUGGGGCAGGAAAAAUACAAGAUGAAACUGAAAUAUCUUGUGAUGCUAGAAAGUAAGGAAAUGCUUACAAAAAGAUGGGGUCAUGUCCAAAGGACAUAGGACUAACCUGAAGGAGUCCCCAAUGGCCAAAACUGGAACGCUUUGAGAAACAAAAUAAAAAUAGUACUGGAUUUUAAGCAUAGAAUAAAUAUCUAUGAAUCCAUAUUAAUGUAAAUUAAUAAAUGAAUGAAUAAAUAAGUAAAUCGGGGAGGAGCAACAGUUCUUUUCUACAGAAGAAUCCCAAUUAAAAAUGUAGAAGGAAUGAGAGAAAAAUCACCAUUAGGAAAAUACAACAGUAAUCAUUGUUACAGGCAAGAUCCACCAGUGGGUGCUAAAAUUCGUGGAUGAACGUUGAAGGAGAAACGGGAAAUGUUCAUAGCUUUAAAAUAGUGCCUCCCAAAUAGUCAUUAAUUACAACUGGAAAGUACUAACUUUACAAUGGAGAAAACUCUUUAAUCGUGUAAUCAAGGUUAACUUAAGCAGUAAUAAGCCACAUCAGUAUCAUGUAUCCUCUAGAAUGAUGCCCUGAGAAGGGCACACGACUUUUUUGGUAUCCACCACAAAAUAAUGUAUAAUCCCAAUUUAACAAUAAAAAAACCAGACAAAUCCGAAUCGAUGAACAUUACACAAAAUAACUGAUGACUUCAUAAGUGUCCAGGUCAUGAAAGAUAAGGAAAGAUUGAGGAAAUGUCACAGAUUGGAGGAGAAUAAGGAGCCAUGACAACUAAAUGCAAGGUAGAAUCCUGGAUUGGAUCCUGGAAUGGAAAAUGCACAUAAUGGAAAAAUGUGAAAUUAAAAUCUAUAGUUAGUGGUACUGUAUCAGUAUUAAUUUCUUAGUUUUAAUGAUUGUACUACGUUUAUAUAUGUACCAUUAGAGGAAGUUGGGUGAAUGGUGUAUAGGAAUUCUCUGUACCGUGUUGGCAAAUUUUCUGUAAAUCUAAAAUUAUUUCAAAAUAAAAAGUUAAAAAUCUGCUAUGA